AUGGCGGUGUAUAUGAUAUACCCACAAAGUGAUAGUGUUGAAUGCAUGCGAGUUCUUAGUUCUGCUAUUAGUAUUGACAAUGGAAGAAAUCUUAGCCCAGUGCUCCGGAGAGAGUUAGAAAAUCUGGACAAGGAUGCCGAAUGUAGGAAAUCAGCAAUGAAGGCACUGAAUUCUUAUGUAAAAGAAUUGGAUUCGAAGGCAAUUCCGCAUUUUCUUGUACAGAUUUCUGAGAAAAAAGAAACCGGGAUAUCAUCCAGGGAACACAUAUACCACUGUACGAAGUUCUUGCUCGUGUCCAUGGCCCGAAAAUUGUCCCUCACAUUGAUAGCAUCAUGGCUACCAUCAUCAAGAACUUAA